CGGAGGGAAGGACCGUGAGCAUCGCUCCAGACCCCAAACCUCCAGCUCCAAAUGGAGGACAAGAAGAAGAAGAGGAGCCCUAAGCCCUGCCUGGCACAGCCUGCCCAGGCAUCAGGCACCUUACGCAGGGUCCCUGUGCCAACCAGCCACAGUGGCUCUUUGGCCCUGGGACUCCCUCAUUUGCCUUCCCCCAAGCAACGUGCAAAGUUCAAGAGGGUAGGCAAGGAGAAGGGCCGCCCUGUGCUGGCUGGAGGGGGGGGUGGUCCUGCAGGCACCCCCCUACAGCACUCCUUCCUGACCGAGGUGACAGAUGUCUAUGAGAUGGAGGGGGGGCUGCUCAGCUUGCUCAAUGACUUCCACUCAGGCCGUCUGCAGGCCUUUGGAAAGGAAUGCUCCUUCGAGCAGCUGGAGCAUGUGCGGGAAAUGCAGGAAAAGCUGGCGCGGCUGCACUUCAGCCUGGACGUGUGUGGGGAGGAGGAGGAGGAAGAGGAGGAAGGCGGGCUCGCGGAGGGACUGCCUGAGGAGCAGAAGCAGACCAUGGCAGACCGCAACCUGGACCAGCUGCUGAGCAAUCUGGAAGAUCUUAGUAAUUCUAUACAGAAACUGCACCUGGCCGAGAACGCAGAGCCCGAAGAGCAGUCAGCGGCGUAGGCCUCGCCCCAGGACUGCCCGUCUCGUUCCCUCAAAACUGUGAUAUUUUUACAAUUCGAUAUUCCGCCGCCCCCCAGGUGCUACGUGGAGGGGGGCACUGGAUGGAAUAAAAUCGAAACCAUGCAAAA